UCCUGGGAGUGCCUUAAUUUGCCGGUGACCGCUUGGCGGUUGGUCUAGUCCGACUAUCGGUUCAUACCGUGGUAACGGGUCUAUGCGUGCUUUUCACUAUCCUAAAAGUUGUAAGCAUAGGCUACUCUCUUUAUAUCUUUACGCCGUCCGGCCUGGAAUUCGGUUUGAAUAGGUUAUGAAACAACAACCGAUAGAGCUGCUUCUCUUAUAGAGAGAGAGAGAGAGAUACCGUCAGAGAGUGCAUUCUCCGGUAUAACGACAUCGUCAGAAAGACAUCCACUGAGAUGCCUUCCCUGCCCUCGGUAUCAUCACCGCCACCAGCUCGUUCUCUCACCGGAUCGGUAGCCGCUAUGCAGGGGCAAGGCGCGUGCUGCAGAUAACCGGUACGCUGCUUCCACCGUAGAGGUCACCGGCGACUAGAGGACAGGCCUCAGGUGGAGCAGAAGGCGGGGACAUAAUGGGGGAGGCGUGUCCUCACAAGCUUGGAUCGACCAAUCACCCGCGUCUCCUCCUGUACAUCCUCAUCCCGACCAUCAGCCUAUUGGCUGCUCUGCUGCUGCUCAUACUGGCACUGACAGGAAUCUUUGGCAGUGGACUUAUCGACUCCAGAAUCCAUUCCUCAUCUCCCUACGGUUCUGUCGCCGAUAGAAACCACCUAAACCAAUCGCUAUUUGACAAUGACAACGACAACUUCACCGCCUCCCAGGGAAACCAUAGCAACGGCGAUGAUGCCACACCCAGUGACUCACCGGUCACAGGUGGCCUCCCAUUGGACCGGACGACCGACCCCACACCUGCUGCCAACUCCGCCUCCCCGACGCCUGCCACUCAGCCUUACACCCUGGCGCCUGAUUUGUUGACCUCAGUGACCUCUCUGAGCACCUCCUGGCCAAUGAGCACCUCUCAGGAAGCGGACACAGGUAGCUGCCAGGUGGUGUUGGAGCCUCAGUGUCACAUGUUACCCUACAACCAGACUUGGCUCUCCUCCUCGGUUGCCGUGGUGAAGAGCUCGGAGGUGGACAUGUUGCUACGGUUCUUCAGCUACCUGAGCAGGCUGUCUUGCUACAGACACAUCAUGUUGUUCGGCUGCUCCCUUGCUCUGCCUGAAUGUUCUCCCAGAAACCAAACGCAAGAAAGGAGGGUGGUGCUUCCCUGCUGGUCCUUCUGUGAGGCUGCGAGGGAGGGAUGUGAGCCCGUCCUCCAGAUGUUCAACGCCUCCUGGCCUGACUUCCUGAGAUGCUCUCAGUUCCAGAACCUCUCCUCCUCAUCCCCGUCGCCCCCGGAGACCAGCUGCUACUCCCCCCGCCAGGUCAAGGGGAAGCCCUCCGUGUGUGGGGGCCACAACCACUUCCUGUGUGCGACGGGCAUAUGUGUGCCCCAGAAACUCGUCUGCAACGGAUACAACGACUGUGACGACUGGAGCGACGAGACACACUGUGUCUGCGUGGAGGGGGAGUUCCGCUGUGAGACGGGUCGCUGCCUGUCGCACUCUCUGGUGUGCGACGGUUACGAUGACUGCGGAGACCUGUCUGAUGAAGUCAACUGUGUGUGUGACCCAGCCCGUGAGCAUCGCUGUGGGGAUGGCCGAUGUGUGUCUAACGACUGGCUCUGCGACGGGGACCACGACUGUGUCGACAAAACCGACGAAGUCAACUGUUCGUGUAAGAGCCAGGGUCUGCUGGAGUGUAGGAACGGUCAGUGUAUCCCCUCGGCGUUCCGCUGUGACGGAGACAACGACUGCAAGGACGGCAGCGACGAGGAGAACUGUCACCAGACCCAGACAGACUGUGUUCCUGGCCAGUCCAGCUGUAUCUCCAACCCCUGUCCUGCUCAGUGUGGAGCCAACAGCACCACCUGCCUGUCUCCACCAACCAACACCUCCUGCACUCAGUGUGAGCCGAUCACGUUGGAGCUUUGUAUGAACCUGCCCUACAACAGCACCACCUACCCCAACUACCUGGGCCACAUGUCCCAGCGGGAGAGCUCUGUCUCCUGGGAGGCGUCCCUGUUCCCCGCCCUGGUGCAGACGGGCUGCUACCAGUACCUCAUGUUCUACGCCUGCACCCUGCUGGUGCCCAAGUGUGACCCCGUCAGCGCCCAGAGGAUCCCCCCCUGCAGGUCUCUUUGUCGUAAGGCUAAGGAGCGCUGUGAGGCCGUGCUGGGGGUGGUGGGUCUGCCCUGGCCUGAGGGCUCAGAGUGUAACCAGUUCCCCCAGGAGGGAAACGCCACCUGUCUGCUACCUGAAGACGGCAUUGACGAGUGUUCGCCCAGCCACUUCAAGUGUCGCUCAGGGAGGUGCGUCCUAGCUACCAAACGCUGUGACGGACACCUGGACUGUGAUGACCACAGCGACGAGGAAAACUGCGGCUGUGCAGAGCGGGGCCUUUGGGAGUGUCCCGGGAGCAAGGUGUGUAUCCAGAUCAGCAUGAUCUGUGACGGCUUCCCUGACUGCCCCCUGCUGGUGGACGAGGUCAACUGCUCAUUGUGCAGGGACAACGAGCUGGAGUGUAACAACCACCAGUGUGUCCAUCGCACGCUGUGGUGUGACGGAUACAAACACUGUUCUGACAGCUCAGACGAGUGGCACUGUGUCUCCCUGGUGGACGUCUCUGGGUGGGCGUUAACAGUGUUCAGGACGGGGUCCCAGUAUCAGGUGUGUGCUGACGAAUGGAACCCUCACCUCAGCCAGCUCACCUGCUCUCAGCUGGGCCUAGGUGCACCGUCCACUGUUACCAUGGUAGCAGAGCAGCCCGGGGUUGCGGGGCGUCGCCGUUGGUUACACGUCCACCCUGAGUGGGACCAGAAGGAGGGCGCUGCGCUCCAAGCCCGCCUCGAGAAGAGGAGUCACUCCUGUUAUUCCAGAAAGAGGGUAUCCGUCCUCUGUGCCAAAGAAGACUGUGGGCUGCGUCCUGCCCCCCCCCCGCGGGCGGCCCCCCACCGUAGGAAGAGGAUCCUGGGGGGCCGGGCGUCCCGCCCCGGCCGCUGGCCCUGGCAGUGCUCCCUGCAGAGCGGGGCCAGCGGACACAUCUGUGGCUGCGUGCUGAUUGGCCCCAAGUGGGCCCUCACCGUCGCACACUGCUUCGAAGGGAGAGAGAGUGCGGAGCUGUGGCAGGUGGUGUUAGGUUUGAAUAACCUGGACCACCCCGGUGCUCACAGCCAGACCCGAGGGGUGCGCUCCAUUAUCGUUCACCCCCGCUACAACCGGGCGGUGGUGGACUACGACAUCAGCAUCAUCCAGCUGGAGACAGAGGUAGAGGAGACAGAGUUCGUGAGGCCUGUGUGUCUACCUGAUCUAGACCAGCUCCCUCUGCCUGACGCCUACUGUUACAUCACCGGAUGGGGCCACACGGGGAACAGGAUGCCCUUCAAGCUGCAGGAGGGAGAGGUUCGUAUCAUCUCACUGUCUCACUGCCAGUCGUACUUCGACAUGAAGACCAUCACCUCCAGGAUGCUCUGUGCCGGCUUCGAGGCCGGCACCGUGGACUCCUGCAUGGGCGACAGCGGGGGUCCGUUGGUGUGUGAGGAGCAGGAUGCGGCGGGUCCACUGGGCCGCUGGACCCUGUUCGGUCUCACCUCCUGGGGCAGCGUGUGCUUCAGCAAGGUCCUUGGACCGGGCGUCUACAGCAACGUCACACACUUCACCCCCUGGAUCCAACGGCAGAUAUACCUGCACACCUACCUGCUGGACUAGAACCACACACCUACCUGUCUACUGGAAUAGAGCCACGCAUAUACACCUAUCUACUGGAAUAGAACCACACAUAUACACCUAUCUACUGGAGUAGAACCACACAUAUACACCUAUCUACUGGAAUAGAACCACACAUAUACACCUAUCUACUGGAGUAGAACCACACAUAUACACCUAUCUACUGGAAUAGAACCACACAUAUACACCUAUCUACUGGAGUAGAACCACACAUAUACACCUAUCUUCUGGAAUAGAACCACACAUAUACACCUAUCUACUGGAGUAGAACCACACAUAUGCACCUAUCUACUGGAGUAGAACCACACAUAUACACCUAUCUACUGGAAUAGAACCACGCAUAUACACCAAUCUACUGGAAAAGAGCCACAACUAAGUUCCUAUCUACUGGACUAGAGCCACAAAUAUACACUUAUUUACUGGACUAAAACUACAAUGUACACAUAUCUACUGGAAUAGAACCACAAAUAGACAUCUACCUAUCUGGCCGCAAAAAUAAAGAUGUAAGGAGGUAAACAAAAAAUGAAAAAAGUACAGAUUUGCCAAACACAGUAAUGCUAGCAGUUGUGAACGGUAACUAAGUACAUUAACUCAAGUACUCAGGUAGUACUUCACUCUUUGUACCUGUCUUUUAAUGUUGGUUUACGUUACUACUAAGUUAUUCUGUUAGUACAUUAACUCUAGUCGACCACCUUAGGACCAGGUACAUUAACUCUUUGACCAACUUAAGACCAGGUGUAUUAGUACAUUAACUCUAUUCUCCCACCUUCAGACCAGGUGUAUUAGUACAUUAACUCUAUGACCACCUUUAGACCAGGUGUAUUAGUACAUUGACUCUAUUCUCCCACCUUCAGACCAGGUGUAUUAGUACAUUAACUCUAUUCUACCACCUUCAGACCAGGUGUAUUAGUACAUUAACUCUAUGACCACCUUUAGACCAGGUGUAUUAGUACAUUGACUCUAUUCUCCCACCUUCAGACCAGGUGUAUUAGUACAUUAGCCGUAGUCAACCACCUUAAGACCAGGUGUAUUAUUCAAUUAAGUCUAUGACCACCUUAAAACCAGAUGAUGUAGGCCCCUUUUCCACCGACAGAACCAGCUAAACUUGCUUCGACUCGGCCCGCCAUUUUUUGCAUUUUGAUCGCCAAAAUGAGGUACCUAGUACCUGAUACUUUUUUAGUCUCAUCUACGUCGAGGUUCCAAGAGAGCUGAUCCGCUAUGAAGCGCAUGUGUGCUAUGAAGACCCGCCCACGUUGAAGAGGUGCUUUCUAGAUGGAAAAACGACGUGCCACGGUGCCUGGAAUCAAACCAAGUUGUGCCACGCUAAGUCUUGACAAGUUGAGCUGGUGCUGUCGGUGGAAAAGGGGCAUUAGUACAUUAACUCUAGUCGACCACCUUAAGACCAGGUGUAUUAGCACCCUAACUCUGGUCGACCACCUUAAGACCAGGUGUAUUAGCACCCUAACUCUAGUCGACCACCUUAAGACCAGGUGUAUUAGCACCCUAACUCUAGUCGACCACCUUAAGACCAGGUGUAUUAGCACCCUAACUCUAGUCGACCACCUUAAGACCAGGUGUAUUAGCACCCUAACUCUAGUCGACCACCUUAAGACCAGGUGUAUUAGUACAUUAACUCUGUAGUGUACUACCUUUUAACCAGGCGUAUUAGUGCUUUAACUUUGUAGUUGAUUAUCUUUCAACCAGGUGUAUUAGUACUUUAACUCUGUAGUCCGUUAUCUUUCAGCCUAUUGUAUUAGUGCUUUAACUCUGUAGUCUGUUACCUUUCAACCAGGUGAAUUAGUACUUUAACUCUGUAGUCUGCUACCUUUCAACCAGGUGUAUUUGUACUUCAACUCAAGUAUUGGGGGUUGUGCAGUCGGCCCCCCUCUGCUUCUAGUGCCUAUACUCGAUGCUGUGUCUGUAACUCACAGGUAGGGGGCGCCACUAACCCCAGUAACGAUAUGACCCUGCAGCGGUUCCAUGCCUUGACGAUGGACCCAUGAGCAAGCUGCUCCUCUCAUUAGCGCCUCGUUAGAUAGUAGCGCUGCUACUAUCGACAUACAGGCCCACUUAGUUAGAACCAGGACAACUGUGAGCAGACUCUGCUUCAAACAACAGCUUUCCCGUGGUCUCCUGGCAACGGGGACCAUCCCAGGACCUCUGUGGUAAACCUCAGUGUAGCGAACUUGCGAGCUAAGUUAGCGCUGCUUUCCGCAAAGCUUCUCUCUAUCGUGCCUGUAUUCAAACUGUGUUGCUUUGUAUCAAGUCCUCAACUUGCGUGCGUGUGUGUGUGUGUGUGUGUGUGCAUGUGUGUUAUAUUCAGGAGCUCUUUCUCUGUUCUGUGUGAUAACAGGAACAUUCCACUAGUCGUAUGUGUUGAUGAUUUCUGCUUUCUUUUCUACAAGUAUUUUUCUACUGCUUUUCUAUGUCAUGCUAGUUAUAGAAGAUGAGACGUGUGUGUGUGUGUGUGUGUGUGUGUGUGUGUGUGUGUGUGUGUGUGUGUGUGUGUGUGUGUGUGUGUGUGUGUGUGUGUGUGUGUGUGUGUGUGUGUGUGUGUGUGUGUCCCAUGCCAGUAUUAGCGGUCACACAUUGUACUCGUUGGUGAUGAUGAUGAAGAAGAGGAGUUGUUUGUAAACACGAUGUUCACGAUGUUGUAAACAGAUUUGAUUUGUGUUGUUCUGUAUGCCACCAUUAAACCUGUACGCACAACGUUAAGAA